AAGCAAUAUUAUAUUGAGUGAGGCAUAGUAAAGAAUUAACAUACACAUUUAAUAAUUUUAAUUUAAUUUAAUUUAACCAUGGCCUUAUCUUCUUCUUCACUUCUUUCAGGAAACACGCAUUAUUAUUCACUUCUCAAACCGCUUCAUUUCCAUUCUUCUUCUUCUCGCUUUCCAAUCAAACCCUCCAUCUAUCACAAUCACAAUCACAGUCACAACGUUGCUGUUAUCUCUGAGAAAUGGAGAACAAAUGUUUCAUUUUUUCCUUCUUUUUUAAAGAAAGGCAAAGAUGCAAACAUCAUCAAGGAAGAACUUCUUGAGGCCAUUGCACAGCUUGAUCGUGGGGCUGAUGCAACUCCUGAAGACCAGCAAACCGUUGAUCAGAUUGCACGAAAACUUGAAGCAGUUAAUCCAACAAAGGAACCCCUCAAAUCUAGUUUACUCGAUGGAAAAUGGGAGCUUUUGUACACUACUUCACAGUCUAUUUUGCAAACUCAGAGACCGAAGUUUGUGAGAUCAGUUAAAAAUUAUCAAGCAAUCAAUGUUGAUACUCUCAGGGCCCAAAAUAUGGAAUCUUGGCCAUUCUUCAACCAGGUGACAGCAGAUUUAACACCUCUAAAUGCAAGGAAAGUGGCUGUGAAAUUCGACACCUUUAAAAUUGCAGGCUUCAUACCUGUUAAGGCUCCUGGAAGAGCUCGUGGUGAACUAGAAAUUACAUACUUGGAUGAAGAAUUGAGGGUGUCAAGAGGUGACAAAGGAAACUUGUUCAUCUUGAAAAUGGUGGAUCCAUCUUACCGGGUUCCUGCAUGAUGUGUUGGAACUUAUAUUAUACUAGCAAGCCAUUGUGUAACCACUAUUCAAGCUAACUUGAAGCAUUUUGGGACUGUGCUUUCUGUACAGAAUUUCCAGAUAAACUGAAAUAGUGUGAUAUAGAGUAAUGUAAUGGGUCUUCCCCCCCGCCAAUGUGGAAAAACUCUAAUUCAAAAUAAAUGGUUGUAAAAUCUUUACAUAUUGAUAUAGAUAUAUUAUCAGCUAAAGCUUUGCUUGGAAGACAGGAAAAAUCGAGAAACUUCUCGAUCUUAUUAAUA